AUGGCGCAAACCUUUACCCCCCCGCCGUUCGGCAUCUACACACCAGCCGUCACCUUCUUCGCAGAAGACGAAUCGAUCGACUUUGGCGCGACAGAACAGCACCUCUCCCGCCUCCUCGACGCGGGCGUGACAGGCCUCGUGAUCCACGGCAGCAACGGCGAGGCAACGCACCUGCUACCGGAGGAAAAAGUCGAGGUCAUCAAGGUCGCGCGCCGGCUCAUCAGGGAGAAGGGGUCCAAGGCGACCAUCAUGGCGGGCUGCAGCGCCAACAGCGUGCGCGAGACGGUGCAGGCGCUGCGUGCGGCCCACGCCGCAGGCGCUGACCACGCGCUCGUGCUGCCGCCCAACUACUGGGCCGCCGCCAUGACCAAGUCGGUGCUCAAGAGCUACUUUCUCGAUGUCGCCGCGCAGUCGCCGCUGCCGAUCGUGCUGUACAACUUCCCCGGCGUGCGGUCGGGCAUCGACCUCGACUCGGAUAUCAUUGGCGAGCUCGCGCGCGAAGCGCCACAGAUUGUCGGCGUCAAGCUGACGUGCGGCAACAUUGGCAAGCUGCAGCGGCUGUCGGCCGAGUUUGAUGCCGCGCGGUUUGCGCCGCUCGUCGGCAAGGGCGACUUCUUGCUGCCGGGGCUCGUCGUAGGUGGCCAGGGGGCCAUUUCGGCGCUGGCGAACGUGGUGCCGAAGCUGCACAUCGAGCUCGUGCGGUUGUAUCAGGCCGGAGAACUGGCCAAGGCGCAGGAGAUUCAGAAGCUGUUGUCCGUGGCGGACUGGGCGCUGCAGAAGGGAGGUAUUUCGGGCGUCAAGGCGGCGGUCGGCAAGUGGUAUGGCUAUGGCAACCCCCGAGCAAGGGCACCGCUGCCGACGGUGUCCGAUGCCGUGUUUGCGGCGGGUGUCGAUGCCAUCCAAAAGGUGGUUGACCUUGAGAAUAAAUUGUGA